AAUGGGUUCCUCAUAUAUUCUACCUGAGAAAACUCCAUUCCGUGUCGGUGAUGAAGUAUGGGCGCACCAGAACUGGAUUAUUAUCGGAGCUAGGCCAUUGUCAGAACAGAUUUCUUAUCCACUCCGAGCAAACUUUUCGUCGUCUAGGGUAGGUUUAACAUUAGCAGCAAUGUCAGCUGUUGUAGCACACCAGCGAGAUGUUGAAGAGCGUCGUUUAAUCAAACAUUCAGUCACGUCUAUCCUGUACUGGUUAGAAGAUGACAAAGCCAAAAAGAAGACCGUUGACAAGACCCUAUUGUUGAGAUUCUUUAUCCACACAAAAGACCUUAAAGAGCUUCAAGGUUAUUGGAAAACUUACGAAGAAGAUUCUAACGUACACAUAAAAAGACCUGAUCAUGAUACUAAAGUUUGCGGAUAUGGCGAAAUAAGACAGGCCAGGAAAAAUAUAACUCGUGAUGGCUAUAACAUGGAAAUAGUCAUGGCGGCCCGCUUUCAAGACGCAAAAAAUUACGAACGGGGGUUUGACGAUUGGCAUGACUUAGUAACCAGUGAAUGGGAGGCACGAAUAAUACCGAUUUCGAACACAAAAAUGUUACAUCGAAGGGAACUGACUCUCAUGGACGGACUGCCCUGGUCGUCGUGA